UUGUUUUUGAAUUUAUGUUUUACUCCCGACUACGGUUGUUUGAGUGCCUUGAAUCAAAGUUCUAAAUAUAUCGCUCCUCUACUAUGUUGAAUAGGGCAGAUAAAAACGGCGAAAACAUCACGAGACUAUAAAUAUACACUUGCGGGAAAAGUAAUAAUGUCUCGAGGAGAUACCAUUCCCAGAAGAAGAAAAGUGCCCUCCCGGUCGCUGCCAAAAUGUUGCUGAUAAUGCUGAUGGUGUGAUGCUGGCAAAGUAGAAACGAAGUGUCUACUCAGUCCAGAAGUUGUGGCAGCUGGUGUCGGAAAAAGUCAAGUGAAAUUCCCCCAACCCGAAGAAAGAAGAGCAGCGAGGAAAAAAAGGUUGAGCGAAAAUUUAAAAUUAACUUUUCUCAAUCUCCAGUGAGACGGUUGCCCCUAUCGGACGUCUGAGUGUUAUAAAUCGUUCUCAUUACAAUUAAGACUGAGAUCCAGCAACCAAUACUAGGGUGGGAGUGUCUGGUUUUUGGUUCCCAUCUGUGAAGCGCUCAUAAUGACUUGGGUCGAGACGUGACCUUUCGAGCACAGUUUCGAACUUGCCAUGCUUCAAAUCGUCGUAACUCAAGUCAACUCCCCACCCAGUGUUUCACUCACUCUAGUAUUCAGUUUAUUGUUGAAACUGUUUUCUAAACAUCCUCAGAAGUUUGCCGAUCUGAACUUUUAAAAACUUCAACCCGUUAAAUAAGCUCAUAUACUGAAGAACAGCGAACAAAGAGCGAAAACAUUCUAUUCCCAGCUAUGGCGGAUGAAAGUUGAAAAGUGGAAUUACGUGAAAACAGUCGUGCGUAUGUGAACCAGUGCCAGUGGUGUAAACUGCUUGCAAUCAAGGCCGGUUGGUGAACGAAAAAGUUUCUUACUUCGUUCGAGCACAACUGGAGCACGGUGAAGUGAAUAAAUGAAAAAGUGAACGAACGUGUCAACGAGAGAAGAAAAAACCCAGCGCAGGACGAAAAGCCUUGUGUUCCAGGAGACAAAUAGCGAAGGGCGUAGCAACAUCUAUAGCCGUUCUUGCCAGGAACAAUUAAAUGACUUGACGUAGAGCUAGCCGCCCCUGUACCUCAAGCUCCGAAAGCCCGUAUCCACGCUGUCGAUUCCUGGAUCGAUGAAAACACCGUGCGCCGGAAAUCGGGAAACAGUAUCGGCUGCAUGCACAGAAGAAGCCGGUAUCGCGCUGGUGGGCGUACACUCAGAGUAUCCCAGGUACAUGGAGGAGCGAGGCCUGGGUGGCGGCGUCUGUAAAGGUCCCGGCUCAGUGCAAGGUGGUCCAGGUCAAAAGCACAAACCCAAUGUCGGAUACCGGCUCGGGCGGCGGAAAGCUCUGUUCGAGAAGCGGAAACGAAUCAGUGAUUACGCCCUCGUCAUGGGUAUGUUCGGAAUUAUUGUGAUGGUGAUAGAAAAUGAAUUAAGUAGCGCUGGUGUAUAUACUAAGGCAUCUUUUUAUUCAACUGCUUUAAAAACGUUAAUAUCCGUAUCGACUGUGAUUUUACUCGGGCUCAUCGUAGCCUACCACGCCUUGGAAGUUCAGCUUUUUAUGAUAGACAAUUGUGCAGAUGACUGGCGAAUAGCGAUGACCUGGCAGCGAAUGAGCCAAAUAGCUUUAGAAUUACUCAUCUGUGCGGUGCAUCCCAUUCCAGGUCAAUAUUAUUUUCUAUGGACAACCAAACUAGCUAAUAAGAACAAAGCCAUGGGAUCGGAGUACGUUCCCUACGAUGUCGCGUUAUCUUUGCCAAUGUUCCUUCGUUUGUACCUGAUAUGUCGUGUGAUGCUGUUACAUUCGAAACUAUUUACCGAUGCCUCAUCACGUAGUAUAGGUGCCCUGAAUCGUAUCAAUUUCAACACACGAUUCGUGCUGAAAACACUAAUGACAAUAUGCCCGGGAACGGUCCUCCUAGUAUUCAUGGUUUCAUUAUGGAUAAUAGCAUCAUGGACGCUUCGGCAGUGCGAGAGGUUUCAUGAUGAAGAACAUGCCAAUCUCUUGAACGCCAUGUGGUUAAUCGCCAUAACCUUUCUGAGCGUUGGCUUCGGCGAUAUCGUACCGAACACGUACUGCGGUCGGGGCAUUGCAGUUAGUACGGGUAUUAUGGGUGCUGGCUGUACGGCACUGCUGGUGGCAGUCGUAUCGCGAAAGCUUGAGUUAACACGAGCGGAAAAGCAUGUGCACAACUUCAUGAUGGAUACGCAGCUGACGAAGAGGCUGAAAAAUGCGGCGGCCAACGUGCUACGGGAAACCUGGCUAAUAUACAAGCACACACGUCUAGUGAAGCGCGUCAAUCCGGGUCGAGUGCGGACGCAUCAGCGGAAGUUCCUGUUGGCAAUCUACGCGCUACGUAAAGUUAAAAUGGACCAACGAAAACUAAUGGACAACGCAAACACGAUAACCGAUAUGGCAAAGACUCAAAACACUGUUUAUGAAAUUGUUUCGGAUAUGUCCACCCGACAAGACACACUGGAAGAACGAAUCAAUAGUUUAGAGGAUAAGUUGCAAUCCAUUCAAACACAAAUCGAAAAUCUUCCGGAAGUUUUGAGCCGUUGUCUAACCCAGCAUCAAGAGCGCAUAGAUCAAAGAAGAAAUUUCCUUCAUCCGGAUGCGGCAGUAACCGGGUCGUCGUCCGGAUUGCCAACUCCGGCUCCUCCCCUCGGCUCGCCGUUGAUGCUGCCGCAUUCCAGGAGUGUUCCAUCGUCGUCGACACCGGCCUAUCCCUGGCCCGCAAGUCCAAUACUCCCGCCAAUCUCCAGUAGAACGCCACACCUGGUCCCGGAAACACUCACACCGGCGACGACGGCCUCAUCGACCCUGUUGAAUUCGGUCGCAUACCAGGGCGGAUAUCAAUCCGCCAGCAACCAGUCCUCCGCGACCGGGGACACGCAAACGCUCACCUAUCGGGGAACUAGCUGAAUCGAAACCAGUAGCUCAAACUCUAUCUCCCUGAUUUCAUUUUCCAACUCCAACAACCACAACUACAACUCCAACUCCAACCCGAACACCCCCACCCCGACCAGUAGCAGUAGCAAAUUCACCAAACAGCGGGAGCGUGCGACGCGGUUCUAGUUUCUAGCGGUACCCCUCCACAACGCAACGCACGCUGACCUGUGUGACCAACUGACUCCCGAUCAGAGAUUGUGAGGUAGGAAGAAAAAAAACAGAAAACAGGCGGCCCAUGGGAACCGAAAGUGCAUCGGUAAUAUAAGGGGAAACACGUUUUUUUAGGUGUAGGUUCCAAGUCAAUGGCAGUUCCAUGUCAAUCUUUGAAAUGAGGAAAUGUGACCUGAUCAUCACGAUAUGUUAAAAAAAAUUCCAAGCAACUAUUCUGAUUUAAUCAAGACUGCAUGUUGUUUGUAUGAA